UGGAAAAUAAAUAAUGAAUUUUGGACGAGAAAAUAGUAUAGGUGGGUAAAUAAAUAGGAGUCCUAAAAAGGAUGCGAUAAACCAUACCCCCACCUAACAUUGGCACUCACAAGAAUGUUGAGCUCUCAAGGUCUGGUUUUCGCCACCGCCAUGGCGGUCUCCGCCGGCACCGUCAUUCUCUUCGACCUUUUCCGGGACAAAUACUACCCCGGCCACCACAACCAGGAUUCCUCCUCCCCUGAAAACCCGCGGAUUCUUAGGUCCUGUUUGGCUUCAGCAGGGGAGAAGAAGAGGAAGAAGGAGAAAAAGGUUAGCUUUGCAGAGGGUGUGAAGGAAUCAAUCCGGAAGGGGGAGGAAUACCGGAGAGGCUUCCGGAAGGUCAACCGGCGGUCUUGCGGCGGCGUAGUGAACCGGGGAAUGCCGGCAAAUCACGCCGCAUUGUACACCGGAGUUCUCAAGGAUCGGUCUCUCCGGUUGGAGUAUUCAUACUGAUCAUCUUCUUCUUCAGAAUUGAUUUGGGUUGUGUAUAGUUUGUUUCUAGUACAUAGAUCAGAAACAUGGAUUAGAUACAGGUUUAAUUUCUUUCUAUUUUCUAAGCUUUUUGCCCUCAUAAUUGUAUAGUGUUUCUCACAAAAAUCAUCGGUAAUUCAGUAUUUUCUCUCUGUUCUUAGUGUUAUAAUUAAUUGUUCAUAAUUGUAAGUUUCAAGUCUGAUUAGAAAAAUUGUUCUGAAAUUCAGAUUUAUUAAAUACCCCUCCCCUCACCCUG